AUGCAAGGUGAAGGUAAGAAUCUUAAGCCUAUCAGAUAUGGUCCCUUUGAGAUCUUGGAAAAGAUUGGUACCAAUGCCUUUCGCCUUAAUCUUCCUCCAUAUAUGCAAAUUUACUCAGUUGUAAAUGUAGAAAACCUGAAGUUGUAUGAGCCUCCAAUGAUAUUUGAUGAAGACGCUAAUAUUCAAGUUCCUUCAGUUGAUGACCUUGCACCUAAGUAUAUGUCAGAGCUGCCAGAGGAUGUCAUUCUUGACAGAAAUGUCAGAUCUUCAAAAAGAGGUGCUAUUGAGUACUUUAAAGUAGGAUGUAAAGGGAUGCAUCCUGGAAAAGCACAAUGCAUGGAGGUUGAAAGAGUGAGGGAGUUGUAUCCUCACUUACUUUUCAAGUAUAAUUUUAUUUCAACGUCUGGUCUGGUAAAAUGCAUAGGAUCCGUCACUUCAUUUCUGGUUGUCUCAUUAGCAGCAACUGUCUUGGUUGGUUUGGUGGCUAAAGAAACGCCACUUGAAACUUGUGGAGGUCAAGUACUUUCAACAACUUCAGCAAUACAUAGCUUCUACAGUGGGAGAGAAACCCUGAGACUCUUUUCUGCCAAAGAAAUGGCAAGAGCUUAUAAUAAUUAUUCAAAUGAAAUGGUAUUGGAAAGUGGUGGCUUCGAAACUGUAUUCAAAGGUAUUCUAUUGGAUGGUACACUUGUGGCUAUUAAAAAAUCCAAGCAAGCUUUCAAUGUAGAGGAUGGCCAUGACUUUCUGAAUGAAGUUACAAUUCUUUCUCAAAUCAAUCACAGAAACAUAGCAUCACGUCUGCAGAUUGCAAUCGAGACGACGGAGGCUUUGGCAUAUCUACAUUCUGAAGCAUCUCAACCCAUUUUCCACCGGGAUGUGAAAUCAACUAAUAUUCUUUUAAAUGAGUCAUUUUCUCCCAAAGUUGUAGACUUUGGGAUUUCUCGUCUCAUCUCUACUUCCAAUGAUACACAUCUCACAACAAAUAUAAUGGACACAACGGGUUACUUAGAUCCCAAGUGCUUCCAAACGUAUCAGCUCACCGACAAAAGCAAUGUAUACAGUUUUAGUGUUCUCCUAAUUGAGCGUAUAACAGGUCUGGAACCGCUGAGUGUCGAAAGGAUCAGCGAUGAGUGGAGCUUAUCUAAUCUUUUUCUUUCCAGAAUAAAAAACAACCGCCUCAGGGAAAUCUCGGAUAGCAAAGUACUGGAGGAGGAAAACCUGCAACAGAUGCAAGAUAUGGGAAGGUUAGCAAGGGAAUGCCCUCAUUUGGAAAGGAGGAAACAACCAUUGAUGAAGGAGGUCGUGGAGGAACAUUUAUGGAUAAGAGGUGGCGCAAGAUAG